GCCUUCUUAUCCUUCCUCCUCACAGAGCUGCAAUGGCGAAAUUGGGUUUAGCAAUGUGCGUGAAAUCUUCAAUUCCACUCCAUCACACUCCCUCAUAUUGCUUAAAUUCAGGCAACGCCACUGCUGUAACAAGGCGAAAAUCACUAAUCUUCACUACUACUUUCCUCGCUACAUAUUUGCAUUGGCAUCAAAAUCCAAAUCUCUCCACUCCACCAGCCAUCGCUCAACAAUUCGAUGAUCUCGAUCAAGAAGAAACUCGAGUUGUUCAAAUUUUCCAGGAAACUUCACCUUCUGUUGUGUACAUAAAGGAUAUUGAAUUGGCUGAAAUUCCAAAGAGCAGUUCUGGAAAUAAUAUUGGUGAAGAUGAGGAUGAUAAUGCAAAAGUGGAAGGGACUGGUUCUGGUUUCAUUUGGGAUAAAUUUGGUCACAUUGUGACGAACUACCACGUGGUUUCCAAAUUGGCAACGGACACAAGUGGUUUACAACGUUGUAAGGUAUAUUUAGUCGAUUCUGGAGGCAAAAGUAUCACUAGGGAAGGAAAAAUAGUUGGUUUUGAUCCAGACUAUGAUCUUGCUGUUCUUAAGGUUGAUGCAGUAGGAAACGAGUUAAAGCCAGUGGCAAUCGGCACAUCCAGCGCGUUGCAAGUAGGGCAGAGCUGUUUUGCAAUCGGAAAUCCAUAUGGAUACGAGAAUACUCUAACGACCGGGGUAAUCAGUGGAUUGGGUAGAGAGAUACCCUCCCCCAAUGGGAGAGCCAUUCGAGGAGCAAUCCAAACAGAUGCUGCUAUCAAUGCUGGAAAUUCAGGUGGGCCUCUGAUCAAUUCAUAUGGUCAUGUUAUUGGAGUGAAUACAGCUACCUUCACCCGCAGAGGCAGUGGAAUGUCUUCCGGUGUGAACUUUGCAAUACCCAUUGACACAGCUCUGCGCGUUGUGCCUACCCUUAUCGUGUAUGGUACCCCAUAUUCAAAUCGUUACUGAUAGAGGCAGAGCCAAGGCCCGACCACCGUAUUUAGGUUGCAUUACUUUUGAAAUGUAUAUGAAAUUAAUCUCAUAUAUCCCAAUUUGUUUCGUCGCCACGAGACAUUUUAAGCAUGCCAGGCUAUCGAAUCCUGAAUUUGUACAAACUUGUAUAAUGACAAUUGGAGAUCUCUCUUUCAAUGCCAAGCUGAUUCAUAGCCCUAUUUUCUUCAA